AUGAACACCAUGGAAGGCAAUAGGGACCCUGAUCUGCCCUCCCAGCUCAGGGCAUCCAGGACGGAAAUCGCCAUGGCAAUCGACGAUCCCUUCCCCUUACUCUAUGGGCUGGCGGACCGCGACAUCAUCACAGAUCACCUGUUCAAGGAGACCCUGGAGAAGACGAGGCAGGAGGGAAUCCACAAGGCUGUCUACUCUCUGCUCACCUGGCUCCUCGACCAAGACACCCGCCUCAUCAAGGCCUUCUGGAGCAACCUGUCCAAGGAGUACAACCAGGAGCGGUACCCCAAACUGCAGGCUGUAAUCUCCAGCCUAAAUAAGAAGCCUCAGGGUGGCUCUAAGAUGGCUGUCCAACCACGAGCGCCGCAGAGCAGAAAGAGGAGCCCGAGAGAGGAGGAGCCGGCACAUCAUCCCCAGCACCACGCCAAGCGGCCAAGCAGCCCAGGGACCAAAGUGAAGUCUGUCAGGAAGACGGACAGCUCUGAGAUUUCUCGGCUGCCAGUGGGAAACGGGAUCCAGGCAAUGGCCACCUCAGUCCAGAGAGCGGUCACCCUGUCGUCCAGCGAGCUGCCGGUCAGCUGCGGGACAGUGGAGGAGAUCCUCAUUAAGCAGGUCUUUGAGUCUGGGAGCUCCAAGAAAUGCAUUAAAGUGGGCAGCGAGUUCUACUCUCCCAGCAAGCUUGAUGAGCUGGCUGGAAGGAACAAGUCAAAGGCUGCAAAGACCCACAUUCGCCACAAGGGGGCAACCUCAUCAAGCACCAGAAUCACAGAGGUCCCGCGAAACGACGACGAGUGUGCGGUGUGUAAGGACGGGGGAGAGCUCAUCUGCUGUGACGGCUGCCCCAGGGCCUUCCACCUCACCUGCCUGGUGCCUCCCCUCACCGCCAUCCCCAGCGGGACGUGGCGUUGUCAGCUGUGUCACGGCGGCCAGGUGGAGGCUGACAGGACCUACACACCUGUGCAGCUGACAGAGACCAGCUCCAGCUCCACAGUGGACUUCUCCUUCUUCUCCACCCUCUCCUCCACCUCCCUCUCCAGCGUCUCCACCACCAAGAGCUGCCAGGCCUCAGGCUCCCAGCUCCUGGGCUCUGAGGCCGUUCUGGAUGAGCGGUGUGGGGUGUGUCAGCUGGGGGGGGAGCUGAGCUCCUGCCCUCAUUGCCUGCAGGCCUUUCACCCCCGCUGCCAUUUCUCCAGCGGGAAGGCCAAGUGCAGGUCCUGCAGUAAGAUGUGGGCGAGCUCCAGCCAGCGUGACAGGCCUGUGGCAGAGUCCGAGGGGAUGCAGGUGGUCCUCCUCGACAACCCCCCAGAGCAGAGCGGCUCUCUCUCGGAGCAGGUCUUGAACAAAGAGGAGCUGGACUCCAUCAUGGGAGAGGGCUCCAUAGACGGGAUUUUGCAGUGGGCCCUCCACAACAUCUCCCGGCCUCUCUCCGAGAACCAGGGCUUCUUCCAGUGA